UUUAUUUAUUUCCUCUUCUAUUAAUUACCAAACGCAUUUGAACGUUUAUCACUUAACUCUUCGUGUAAAAUGAUACCCGAAACCUUCGACUUUCAAACAGAAUUGUAAAAUCCAAGAAAAACGUUAUGAUGACGUCACAAUAAUCGAAAAAGAAAGUGAACAAAGAGGAACUGUCGCUUGCUCUUACGUCCAUUUGAAAAAUCAACCGAGAAAUAUCGAAGUUUUUUUGUCAUCAAAACAAGUGAAAAUAAUUUCUGUUUUAAUAAAACUAGCAAAAAUUAUUGAGAGUGCAUCAUUUAGCACAUUAAUAGUUAAAGUUCAAAUAUUCAAUAGAUAUUUUCUGUGUUCAGAUAAUGGCUUCGGCCUCCAGCAGUAGUGCUAAAAAUCUGUUCAGCGAUUCUAAAAGACGACUAGCAGAACGAGUGGCUGUGAAUGUGAACAACGCCUCUUCGGUUGCUCGACAAAUCGUUCGUGGAUCAAAAUCCAAUGAAAUACUUAUGCAAGCGGCGAAAAAUUUCGCUUACCAUGAGAGCUCAGUAGACAACAGCAUUCAGAAUUUGAAGAAAAUGGAUAUCAUUUUUCAGCAUAUGAACUAUCAAUACGAAGCGAUUCAGCAGGCAGCGGAAAAGCUUGAGUAUGUGGAAGAGCAAGUGAACGCCAUGGAAAGAUGAUACGGAAAGAUGCAACGGACCGGCGAGCAGCCCCUGCAUUAUUACUGAUGAAAAUAAUCAAACUGCUGCGCGCUCUGGUGACAAGCUGCUGCUUUGUCUUAGUUGUCAGUGCGGAGAGUAAACUGUCAAAAAAUUCCGCCAAAAGAAAUUAUGUUUACAUUCCAUUUGGUGGAGAUCGCUUGCGUGGAAUCUAAAAUAAUAAGUUAAAAGUUACUGAAUAAACCGAUAAUUUACGUUACUUGAUAAGAAA